CCGCUGUCAAUCACUCGACUCAACUCAUUGUCAAAUAUCUGUAAAAUUAUUUCAGCGAUUUUGUGGACAGUGCAGCUAAAAAUAAUUUUACAUCUACAGAAUACUAAAAUGGCUAUUUCUAGGCUGACCCGACUUGUGGUGCAGUCGAAACAUAUUACCAAACAUGAAUCAGUUAUCCCACGAAGAACUGCAACAACUACUCCUACUGGCGCUAUACUUCCAGAGCCAGAAAAAACGCCUUUUGGACUCCUCGGUCUUGUUUGUGCCGUCGUGCCUGGGCUAUUGAUUGGUGCUGCGAUCAGUAAAAAUAUAGCCAAUUUCCUUGAAGAAAAUGAACUUUUUGUGCCAUCUGAUGAUGAUGACGAUGAUGAUUAAAUCACCUGAUCAAUUAAAUUAAGCAACAUGUUAAAUAUUUUUUAAGUCAUAUGAUACUGGAGUUUUCGCGGGUAUGUCAAUAAAUCAACUAGAUUUGUUAAUAAAAGUUUAUUGUGUAUAACAAAACCACAUUGCAAUAUAGUGACUUUGUGCAUGCACAUUAAAAUGAAGGAUGUAGCCAAUCAUUGACACUGUUCAAACAUUUUUUACUAUUUCAGUUGUAAAUGGUAAAAAUCUAAAAGAUUAUUCUAAGUUCUAAACAAAUAGACUUCAUUUGAACUGUAAGCAGAUUAAAUAACAUGGUUACAGAAUGCUCAAUAGGAAUUGGCAAAAUUGAAAUAGGUUUUUCAUAAAGGAUUGUGCAAAUAAAAUUGGAACUUGAUAGUGCCAGUACAGACUUUGUUGUACACCAAAAGCUAAAUUGGCAGAUCUAUACAUAGUGCAGUCCUUGUGUACCUGGUUAAUUCAGUCACUCAUGACUAAUUUCCAUCUGGCCAAAUUGGAUCGAACAUACAUUGCCUUUAAAUUGGUGCAAUCAGUAAUAAAAAUUUGCUUGCAAUUGGUGAAGAGAACCAAUCUGUACUCAUCCUUAGGUACUAUCAAAGUAGUUGUGCUCUGGCUUGCAGAACAAAUGCAGUCUAAAUACACUCAAGUGUUAUUUACAUUGUAAAUAAAUAUAAAUACAGUUUUUUUGUUAUAUAUGUUAAACUACUAUCAGUAAUGUACAAUCAUCUUGACAUCAAUCACAUUCUCUCUAUCAUGAAAUUCAUAUAUUUAUUAGUAACUCAUUUUGCAAUUCUGCUAUGCUAGUCAAAAGUUACUCUCAAAACCUUAGGCUAUUACAAUGUUUAGAAAUCUCAAUGCAAUAUUGUGCUUAGCUUAAUGUAAGAAUGUGUGGUGAAUAAAAACAUUCAGAAAAUGGCA